GGGGCCGCGCGGAGGGCGGGUCGGACCGCCCAACCGAGGCUUGGUGCGGCUCCGCGGGGUUAUCGGCAGGGCCCCGCUAGCUAAAAUGUAAUUUCAGAUUGGACAACUUUUCCGAGUAAUGGCUUGAAGGAAAGAUAUCCCUUUCGGAUGCUUGAAGGAAUGCAUGGUUUGAAAACUGGUGCCACUGGUCAUCCGGGCGAGGAGAUGAGAAGGCAUUAAGGCUGGAGCCUGAGAGUUGUUCUCUGGAGCUCAGAUGAAGGUGGAGGGACGGCAAUGCCCGGUGGAGAUCAGGAACUCGGGAGCUACUACGUGGGUGUGGACGUGGGGACAGGCAGUGUCCGUGCAGCUCUGGUGGACCAGAGGGGCACCCUCUUGGCUUUCGCAGACCAGCCAAUCAACCACUGGGAGCCUCAGUUCAACCACCACGAGCAGUCCUCCGAGGACAUCUGGGCUGCAUGCUGCAUCGUCACAAAGAAAGUUGUACAAGGGAUUGAUUUCAACCAAAUUCGAGGGCUUGGGUUUGAUGCCACGUGUUCUCUGGUUGUUUUGGAUAAGCAGUUUCGUCCUUUACCAGUGAAUCAUGAAGGGGAUUCUCAUCGAAACAUCAUCAUGUGGCUGGACCACCGGGCGGUCACUCAGGUCCACAGGAUCAACGAAACCAAGCACAGUGUCCUGCAGUACGUUGGGGGCGUGAUGUCCGUGGAAAUGCAGGCCCCGAAGCUUCUGUGGCUAAGAGAGAACUUGAGAGAGACUUGCUGGGAUAAGGCGGGACACUUCUUUGAUCUCCCAGACUUCUUAUCGUGGAAGGCAACAGGUGUCACAGCACGGUCUCUCUGCUCCCUGGUGUGCAAAUGGACAUACUCUGCAGAGAAAGGCUGGGAUGACAGUUUCUGGAAGAUGGUUGGUUUGGAAGACUUGGUUGCAGAUAAUUACAGCAAAAUAGGAAACCAAGUGCUGCCUCCUGGAACUUCUCUUGGAAAUGGGCUCACACCAGAGGCAGCAAAGGACCUUGGCCUUCCUGCUGGAAUUGCAGUGGCAGCUUCACUAAUUGAUGCCCAUGCGGGAGGACUAGGAGUGAUUGGAGCAGAUGUGAGGGGGCAUGGCCUCGCCUGUGAGGGACAGCCGGUGACGUCACGGCUGGCUAUCAUCUGUGGAACAUCUUCUUGUCACAUGGGGAUCAGCAAAAACCCGAUCUUUGUACCAGGAGUCUGGGGCCCUUAUUUCUCAGCCAUGGUCCCUGGCUUCUGGCUGAAUGAAGGUGGCCAGAGCGUUACUGGAAAAUUGAUAGAUCACAUGGUGCAGGGCCAUGCUGCCUUCCCUGAACUACAAGCCAAGGCCACAGCCAGAUGCCAGAGUAUAUAUGCAUAUUUGAACAGUCACCUGGAUCUGAUUAAGAAGGCUCAGCCCGUGGGUUUCCUCACUGUUGAUUUACAUGUUUGGCCAGAUUUCCAUGGCAACCGGUCUCCCUUAGCAGAUCUGACACUAAAGGGCAUGGUCACCGGAUUGAAACUAUCUCAGGACCUCGAUGAUCUUGCCAUUCUCUACCUGGCCACAGUUCAAGCCAUUGCCUUCGGGACGCGCCUCAUUAUAGAGGCCAUGGAGUCAGCAGGGCACUCGAUCAGCACCCUUUUCCUCUGUGGGGGCCUCGGCAAGAACCCCCUUUUUGUGCAGAUGCAUGCGGACAUUACCGGCAUGCCUGUGGUCCUGUCGCAAGAGGUGGAGUCUGUUCUCGUGGGUGCUGCUAUUCUGGGGGCCUGUGCCUCGGGGGAUUUCGCUUCUGUGCAGGAGGCAAUGGCAAGAAUGAGCAAAGUUGGGAAAGUUGUGUUUCCUAGACGUGAGGAUAAAAGAUAUUAUGACAAGAAAUAUCAAGUAUUCCUAAAGCUGGUUGAACACCAGAAGGAGUAUGCAUCCAUCAUGAAAGGGGACUGAAGUGAGCUUGCAUGGCGGAUGCCAGGUUUCAUGUCAUUGCAUCAGGGGCCUCUGUCAUUUCACCUUAUAUUUAAGACCCUUAGGUAUCAUUUCAUCAUUUCUGUAUUUUCUUUUUAAUAAAGAAAACUGAGACGUGUGCAACCAGAA